UACAAACACCAGCCAGAGAGAGCAACAAAGGAAGGAUGUAAAUCUUUACAAAGGCAUUUUUAGAUUCACCAUGAGUCUGGUAAACACUAUCAACAAUAGCCUUUUUGUAACAAAAUGGCCGGUAGUAGCCUGCACCAGAAAAGUGUGUGUUUUUUUUUUCAAUAAUUAAUUGGGGUAAACAGGGAUUUAAUUGUCUGUCAUUGUGCAAAGCCCUGGCAUUUGAUGUUAAAUUAUAGCUAUAAAACUCUCAACACUGGGGUGCAUCUCAGUGCCAAGCUGGCAUAGACUGUGGGACCUGUUCAAUUAAAAUCUGGACUGGACAGAGGUUUUCGUCUCUACCACCGUUGCCUUGCACCUCUCCAAACUGCAGCCUUCUCCCUUGCUGUCGCAUAGAAGCUACAAGAUAAAGUCUUCUCCUGUCUUUGCGGGUACCGAUGAGAGAUCUCCCCUGGCGGACUGAACAAACGAGUCGACUCUUACAGAGCUACGCCUGUCCUCACUCUACUUGUGGUCUAGCGGCACUCACCGACAUCAAAGAUCUGUACAACUGCGACCAACACUGGACAUGGAGGACUAUGAUGUUCGCUCAGCUGCCAGCAUCCUGGCCUCAGUGAAAGAGCAGGAGGCACGUUUUGAGCAGCUGACCCGAGCCCUUGAGGAGGAGCGUCGCAACGUCACUCUGCAGCUAGAGCGUGCCAACCUGCCUCCCAACCCAACUACGAGCCAACCACUAGCAUGGCAGCAGGUGGUGAUGCAGGAGCAGAGCCCCAGUAACGCCACAUCCCUUGCCAUGAUGCAGGAGCCACAGGAGGUGGUGGAGGAGACAGUCACCAUAGAGGAGGACCCUGGCACCCCCACCUCCCACGUCUCGGUGGUCACCUCUGAUGACGGCACCACACGGCGCACAGAAACCAAGGAUAUGUCAACUAACUUGAAGGUGACUAAGAUGGUGAAGACGGUGACCACACGGACAGUGCGUCAGGUGCCCCUUGGCCCCGAUGGCUUGCCCCUGCCUGAGGGCUCAUCCCCACUGGGCAGCUACACCGACUCUAUCGACAGGCGUUACAUGAAGAAUGGAGGUGACCGCUUCAUAACGCCUCAAGCAACCUCCACCCUGACGCGCUCCUACAACAACUCCUACAACGAUUCAUAUGGCGAGAUGCCUGAGAGCCAGUACGUUCGUCACUAUGGCCUGCAUGAUGGCUACACUGAUUUGACAGACAACUACGGCAGCCUGUCACGUGGCAUCAACUUCCGGCCGCCACGGUACCCCUACAUGCCCAACAGCUACCGGCCAGAGAACAGCUACACGCUUCCUAUUCGCAAAGAUGACUAUGGCCAUGUUGCCCAGCCCCAGGUUCCUAUGGGUAGCAGCACUGUGGAUCUGAACCGCUCACAGCCAGAGCGCUUCCAGCCCGAGCCAUAUGGCCUGGAGGAUGAUCGUCGCAGCUUGGGCCCUGAAGAAGAGGAGCCAUAUGAGCUGGAACCCGACUACUCCACUGCCAACCGACGCACCCUGCAGGGAGCCAGCCGAGGUCGCACCCACCGGGAACCUCUCCGUGAUGGGCCCCGAGUCAGAGGGUACCCAGAUGACCCCAUUGAGGCUGAGUUGAUCGAUGAGCGCCACCCUUAUAUUCAUGGCAUGUAUUCAGCACCAUUGGCCCAGCCGGAGAGGGGGAGCAUGGCCAGUCUGGACCGCAUGGGCGGACGGCGCUCACCCUCCAUUGACAGCAUCCGUAAGGACCCGCGCUGGCGUGACCCAGACCUUCCUGAGGUCAUCGCCAUGCUGGGCCACCCCAUCGACCCGGUCAAGUCCAACGCCGCUGCCUACCUGCAGCACCUGUGUUACGAAAAUGACAAGAUCAAGAAGGAUGUGCGCCAGCUGAAGGGGAUCCCUGUUCUGGUGGGGCUUCUCGACCACCCCAAAUCUGAAGUCCACCGCAAAGCUUGUGGUGCCCUGCGCAACAUCUCCUAUGGCAAGGACAAUGACAACAAGGUGGCCAUCAAGAAUUGUGACGGAAUCCCAGCCCUCAUCCGCCUGCUGAGGAAGACCAAUGACAUGGAGGUCCGAGAGCUCAUCACUGGAACCCUGUGGAAUCUGUCGUCCUAUGAACCCCUGAAGAUGGUGAUCAUCAACCACGGCCUGCAGACCAUGACCAAUGAGGUCAUCAUCCCCCAUUCAGGGUGGGAGCAUGAGCCCAACGAAGACUCAAAGCCCCGUGAUGCUGAGUGGACCACAGUCUUCAAGAACACCUCUGGCUGCCUCAGAAAUGUGAGCUCUGAUGGAGCAGAGGCUCGGCGCAGACUGAGGGAAUGCGAGGGAUUGGUGGAUGCCCUGCUGCACGCUCUCCAAUCAGCUGUAGGGAAGAAAGAUAUGGACAAUAAGUCUGUGGAGAACUGUGUUUGUAUUAUGAGGAACCUGUCCUACCAUGUCCACAAAGAGGUGCCAGGGGCAGAAAAGUUCCAGGACCCAUCAGCGCUACAGGCCCCCGGCUCAGCAGGACCACAGAGGAAGAAGAAGGAUGAUGCCGGCUGCUUCGGAGGCAAGAAGGCCAAAGAGGAAUGGUUUAAUCAAGGCAGAAAAAAUGAUGAGAACGACAAAAGCUAUGACACAUUGGAUCUGCCCAAGCGCACAGAGCCGUCAAAAGGCUUUGAGCUGCUGUAUCAGCCUGAAGUGGUGAGACUCUACCUGUCUUUGCUGACGGAGAGCCAGAACUACAACACCUUGGAGGCUGCUGCCGGGGCUCUCCAAAACCUCAGCGCCGGACAGUGGACUUGGUCCAACUACAUCCGAGCCACGGUGCGUAAGGAGAAAGGUCUUCCCAUCCUGGUGGAGCUGCUGCGCUCUGACUCUGACAAGGUGGUCCGAGCUGUGGCCAUCGCUCUGCGCAACCUGUCCAUCGACCGCCGCAACAAGGACCUGAUCGGAAGUUAUGCCAUGCGGGACUUGGUGAGCAACCUGCCCAGCGGUCAGCAGCGACCAGCUAAGAACCUGGAGGAGGACACUGUGGUCGCCAUCCUCAACACUAUCCACGAGAUCGUCACCGACAGCUCUGAAAACGCUCGCUCCCUCAUCCAGGCCCAAGCCAUCGAGAAGCUGGUCGCCAUCAACAGGACCAGCCAAUCAGCUCGCGAAACAAAGGCGGCGUCCCACGUGCUGCAGACGGUGUGGAGUUAUAAGGAGCUAAGGAACGCUUUGACCAAGGACGGCUGGAACAAAAGCCACUUCCAGCCCACAGUAACAGCCACCCCUAAAGCAACCAAGAAUGGCAAACCAGGCUAUGAUGACACCACUCUACCCCUGAUGGAGAAGAACCAAGGCACCAGGAAAUGUGGCAGUGGUGAUAUGAUACCUAUGGAUGAGCUGGGUCCAGAUGGUUACUCCACCAUUGACCAGAGGGACAAGGACUGCAAAUACAAGACAGGCGACGGCUCAGUGGACCUGACAGAACGGGAGCCAUUAAAGAAUGACACAAAUAGGAAACACUAUAUCAGGAGUAACAGGCCUGCGGUCAGUCUGGUGGACGCUUGUGAUGUUAAGCCCCAGCCUGUUGACUCCUGGGUCUAAAUGCAUGCAUGGCUUAAAACUACAACAGUACGACACCCCAGCUAGAAGAGGAUCUCUCAUAUCACCACUGCCAUUUCACAUGGAGCUUAUCUUUGGAGUUGGACUUUGUACAGAAAAGAGGAUUUUAAAAAAUUAAUGACCACAUCAGCGACUACCCAGCAGCAGCCAACAUUCUCAUGCGUUUCAGAAAAAAAUGUAAAAAGAAUAAAAAGUGACUACUCCUACUACUUUCUCAUAUCUACAUUCCCACUGGACAUCAUGUGAAUUUUACAGUGUUGACUCUUGUUGAGCUCUACCAGUGACAAGAAACGGGCAGAGGCCGGUGUUGUUGAAGGAAUGGACUUGUGGCAGGUCGACAAAGUGGAAUGAAGGAAGUGAAUGGAGAAGAAGUGUGUGUUGGAAGGAAACCUGUGGGAGAGGAAAUGGAAAAUGGAUGUUUUUAAUUUCAGUUUUCACAUCUGAAAGAUCAUGCCACAAACUUUGUGGGUUUUGUAGAAUUUCACUUUCAGUUUGUUGGCAAGCUUAGGUAUUUUGAUGUGAACAGGUGUGUUUGAAGGUCACUGAACGUUUGUUUUCAGAAUAGUGGGAUGGACAUGAGAAAGGAAAAGUAAAAGGAGAGAAACCGAGCCUGAGAAGAGCUGUAGCAUAGCGGAUGAAAAUGUAGUCCCAGCAGCCUGCUCUCAUAGAUUUACAAUCCAUUUGGUUGACUGUGUUUUUUGAAAAAAAAAAAAAAAAAAAAAGUGCACUGAGAUGCUUUGAAAUUAGAAGUGGGUAACAGGUGAUUGAUGUCCAUUUUAUAAAAUGAGGAGUCUGCAAGUUGUGGUCUGGAAAAAGAAACGUGACAAAGUGUGUAGAUCCGAUGGAGAAACAGUUUUUGUUAACACUUGUUAACUAAGUUGCAAAAGUAAGUUAAAAUGGAAAGACCUUCUGUAUCAUCAUGGUCAACGUGUAUGAGCCAAGGGGCAUGUUGACCUUCAAUCACAGAGCUGUGGCUAUAUCUGUAACCACAAUGGUUGUGUAGCAAGGUGGUUCCUUGAGUUUCCUGGUUGGUCGCUCUUUGUCAAUGAUGUGUAUUAAAGAGGAUAUAAGGCAUUUUGUUUAUAAAUGAUUUGUGUUUUUGAAAAGAGAAGAUUGUUCUCUUGUUGAAAGGAUAGAUCUAAAAGCUUUUUUAAAAAUUUUUGUUGGGUUUUAUAUAAAUGUAUAUUAGGGUCAAAAGGAAAAAAAACUGAAAAAUGAAGGAAAAAAAAGCAAACAAAAAAUUACCAACUUCUUAGUUGUAUAUUAAUAUCACAUUGUUUGGAAAGCACAUCUCAUUUGAUAAAGGCUCACCAUGUUUGUAAGCAAGAAAUAACCACGUAACUUAAAUGUGUGUCAAAUAUUGUCGAGUUAAGCCGACAUCUAUUUAUAUUUUGUAUUUGUCAACAAAAGGUUACAGAAAAAAAGUUUAUCUGCAGUGUUCUUUCUAAAGGCGAUGAAUACAUAUUGUCUGGCAGCCCUCGCACCUUCAAAAUAGACACUAUGGAGGUGUCAAGGGGUCAGACAGAGGUAAUGGGAUAGACAAGAGAUGGCAGUGUUAAUAAAAAGCCCUUCAUUUUUCUUCCUGAUGCAUUCAGGCCAAGUUACCACCAAACCUCAACCUUCCUUCACCGGUGCAUCUAAAAGAGAAAUAUUCAGUUGUGAGCAUGAAUAAAAUCUGUACAGAUGUUUAUAUUUUAUUCUUUCCAAGUGCCAGUUUUUUUGUGGUGUCAUUUGGAUAUUAACCAAUUCAUUCGUGUGCAAGAAGAGUGUACAGGUGGACGAGUGGAUCUGGAUAUUCAAGGCAAAAUAAUAGAGUUGCAUCACACUGUAUAAAUCAAAACAUCAAGUUUGGUCAUAUAGUAUAUAUUUUUACAACGUUAUAGGGUGGGCAGAUGAGACGUAGAAAACCAGAGAGAUACAGAAUCUUAUUGCCAUUUUUCUCUUGCUUGGUGAGACUGCACUCAAAAUCCAGCAGUAAUGGGCACGGUCUCCUUUCCAGCCUCUUGUCUCCUGGUUCAGCUUGAAUAGGAGACCGAAAGAGAGUCCAAUCCAAGUUGGUAAUACUCAUGUGUCAUCUAGGCGAAUGGCAUGUGCCUGCAUUGAAGUCUGAUUUUUCUUUGUGACGUAUGUGACUUUAUAAAGCUUGCAUAUUUUACACAGUGUUUACAAAAAUGUACGUUGUGGUAAAAAUCAAUAAA